CCAAUUCGAAGACCAUCCACUGAACUGACUUAAAGCAUUGAAGAAGCUGCGCGAAAAUCGAAAUGUCUUGAAAAUUUGCGUUUCUCGGCCAUUCGGUUUUUACUGUUCACCGAGUUAAGUUGAUUUGACUACAGAAUGGCGGACGCAGCUCCAGCCCGUGGUGGUUUCCGUGGAGGAUUUGGUUCUCGAGGAGGUAGAGGUGGUCGCGGACGUGGCCGAGGUCGUGGACGCGGUCGCGGCCGUGGCGGCAAGGAGGACCAAAAGGAAUGGGUGCCAGUGACGAAACUCGGACGAUUGGUCCGUGACGGAAAAAUUCGCAGCUUGGAGGAGAUCUACUUGUACUCAUUGCCCAUCAAAGAGUUCGAGAUCAUCGAUUUCUUCUUGGGAUCGGCUCUCCGUGAUGAGGUGUUGAAGAUCAUGCCUGUCCAGAAACAGACACGUGCCGGUCAACGUACGCGUUUCAAGGCUUUCGUCGCCAUCGGCGAUAGCAAUGGACACAUUGGAUUGGGAGUUAAGUGCAGCAAGGAAGUAGCAACCGCUAUUCGUGGCGCUAUCAUCCUGGCUAAGUUGUCAGUUGUUCCAGUCCGCCGAGGCUACUGGGGUAACAAGAUCGGCAAGCCCCACACCGUACCUUGCAAGGUUACCGGCAAGUGCGGUUCCGUAACUGUACGAUUGAUCCCAGCUCCCCGUGGUACUGGUAUUGUAUCGGCUCCAGUCCCCAAGAAGCUUCUCAUGAUGGCUGGUAUCGAGGAUUGCUACACUUCAGCUCGUGGCUCAACUGGAACCUUGGGAAAUUUCGCCAAGGCAACAUACGCUGCCAUCGCCAAGACCUACGCAUACCUUACCCCAGAUUUGUGGAAGGAGAUGCCUCUUGGCAAGACCCCAUACCAAGAGUAUGCUCAGUUCUUGUCUGAGAAUCACAAACCAGGCGGUACUCGCUUAGUUGAAAGCUAAAGUGGGAAAUUUUUCCAAAUAAACGGACUUGAUUAAAACUAAAAA